CAGUUCGGCAGUAAACAAAUUGAACCAUGUGUUAUUGAAUUGUUUAUAAAAGAUAAAUUAUAAAUUCAGGUUAAAAAUGAACCUUCUUCCGAAAAGUCACAAAGAAUUUAGUGAGAAAGAUUAUUGGAAUAAGUUUUUUAAGAAACGUGGAAAUAAGGCUUUCGAAUGGUAUGGCGAAUAUUUAGAACUAUGUUCUCAUUUACACAAAUAUAUCAAACAAUCGGACGUAAUACUUAUACCAGGUUGCGGUAACUCCAGUCUCAGCGCAGACCUCUACGAUGUCGGCUAUCCUAAUAUCACGAACAUAGACGUAUCAGAAGUAGUAAUCAAGCAAAUGAAUGCUGUAAAUGCACACAGAACAAGUAUGAAAUUUCUUUACAUGGAUGCGCUCAACACGACAUUUGGGAAUGAUGAAUUCAAUGUAGUUCUUGAUAAAGGAACACUUGAUGCCUUAAUGCCGGAUGAUUCGAAAGAAACUAAUGAAAGAAUAGACAAAUAUUUCGAUGAAAUUAAAAGAGUGUUGAAAAUAGGUGGCCGUUUCAUUUGUGUAUCAUUAUUACAAAGCCAUAUAACAGAUAAGCUGCUGACAUAUUUUUGUGAUAAGACCUGGAUGUUUCGUGUAGUAAGAUGUCACGAAGCCGAGGAGAAAAAUGCUGAGAAUGGUGAUGGCAUGACUUUACCUGUUUUCGUAGUUAUCGCAACAAAAUUUAAAGAAAUGCCUAAAUUAAUAUUAGAAGUCUGUAUGGCUGGAGACAAGAUGCAGAGGCUGGAAACGACGGAGGAUCUUAAAGCAUGUGUCAAAUCAGUCCAAGACACAGCCUUCAUCACCAAUGGUCUCUCUAAAACAACUUUAGAUGGGGAUGAUGAGGUGACUUUAGAUCUAAUGCAGCCCGGCGAAGAUGUACCUCGCUACACAUUGUACAUAGUGGAUCAGAAGCGGUCGCAGGCUAUCAACAAGUAUGCAGUGUUCAUCGUACCACAGGGACGGGAGAGUGAGUGGUUGUUCGGCACGCCCGCUGGUAGACGUCAGCUGCAGGACUCAGCCAGGUUCGGUAGACUGGUGGUCGCCGUAUUGAGGAGAGGUCACCUGUUUCAGAGUCUCGACGCCGUGAAAGAGGAGUUAGCGCACUCAGCCAAGAUGCUCGCUCCUUAUGGCUUCAGUGGACAGAUCCCGUUCCUGUCGCUGGGCAGCGACGUGGGGCGGCGCGUGCGCGUGCGCGCGGGGCGCUCGGCCGUGUCGGGCGAGUUCGUGGUGGAGGACGUGGACGUGGACGGCGCCGCGCACCGCCGGCUCGUGUUCCUCGCCAACCAGUUCCUCGUGCAGUCGGAGGCCAGGCUCAAGACCGUAAAAAGAAAGAAUAAAUCAAAAGUGGUCGUCGACUUCGGCUACGUGUCGCUCUACCACUCGUUCAUGUGCGUGGCCGUGCCGCUCGGCCGCAGCACGAGCGUCGCCGUGCUGGGCCUCGGCGGCGGCAGUCUCUGCAUGUUCCUGAAGAAAUGCUUUGACAACUUAAAGAUCACAGCCGUGGACCUGGACCCGGCCAUGUUGGAGGUUGCGAAGGCCGAUUUCGGUCUGGAGGUGGACGACCGAUUGGAGGUCCAGAUUAAAGACGGAAUUGAUUUCUUAAAGGACGAAGCCGACAGUGGCCACACGUACGACGCCGUGAUGUUCGACAUGGACAGCAAGGACAGCUCGCUGGGCCUGUCGUGUCCGCCGCCGCACUUCCUGCGCGCCGCGCCGCUCGCGCACGUCGCCGCGCUGCUGCGCACGCACGGUCACUUCAUUCUGAAUCUGGUAUGCCGGGACACUCAGCUACAAGAAAGUAUAAUAGAGACUCUUAAACAACAUUUCAAACAUUUAGUUACGGUGAAGCUGUACGAAGAAGUCAAUGAGAUUGUUUUCGCUACGAACAGCGAUAACGAUUACACGUUAGAUAAUUUGGAAGCAGCCGCCAAGAGCCUCAACCAAACCGCGAGACAGAAAAAUCUAGUGAAUUUAAAAUGUGUUGACUUAAAGGACUUCAUACAAUCCAUUAAUAUUAUCUCAUAGAAUUAUAUCUUAUUUUUAUUUAAGGUAUAAAAUACAAAAUUGUAUAAUAUAACUUGUUACUGUUUAUAUGUUUUAUGUUGUUGUAAAAUAACAUAUAGAUCGUUAAGAUUAUUAAUGCUAUCAUAUAAUGUAGACAAUAAAUAAAAAUACAGGAAUAAAAUUAAUGCAUUUAA